GGAACGUGAAGGGAAGGAACGCACCAGGCGGCGGAACGGAAAGAGAGAGCGGGGGACGUGUUUGGCAGAGGGACGGCCUGAUCGUUUGAGCUCCCAGUUGCGUUUGUGUCUUGGCGAUGUUUCCGAGGGUCUCGGCGAUCCUACCUCUGCGCCCUCUCUCCCGCUUCCCUUUAUGCUCUGGAGGCUCAGAGGCUGCGAUUGUGCUACUCGGUGCUCCGCACGGAACGGUCAGAACCAAGUCCGUGAGUCCUGAGUUGGAAGCAGCAGCAUCUACUGUUGCAGAUUUUCUCCGUUUUGAUAAGCAGACAAGCAAGUCAGAGCUGCUCAGGCAACUGCAGCAGCAUGAGGAAGUCUCAAAGGCACAGAAAGAUGGAGAAAGAACUAAAGUUAGUCUUAGGAAAAAUAUGCUCAAAAGGAAGAGACUUAAUAUUUUUGACCUUAAGGCAGUUACCAAAGAGGCACCUGAAACAGGUUCAUUCCACUGCUGCAAAGGAUGUAGCCAUAGACCUUUCUACUUACCCUUCAGUAAUUUAGAACUGAGAGAGACAGCACCUUCACCUUGGGACGUGGAAUUUGCGAAGCAAUUGGCCAUGGUAAAUGAACAGCCCCUUCAGAAUGGUUUUGCAGAGAUGAUCCAGUGGACCAAAGAGGGGAAGCUGUGGGAGUUUCCAAUUGACAAUGAAGCCGGUGUUGGAAAAGGCAAUGGGAGUGAUGGAAAAGUACAAAUAAUGAUGCAGAGCCAGAUCGUCUUUUUCUGUUCUGCUUCCAAAAACUGUCGGAUCCUUCAUGAUGCGGAAACAGACAACGUGACAAUCCAUCUGUCCAACUGCCCACCACUGUAUGAUGACUUCAAAGUGCAGUUUUUCUCUUCUUCCGACCUACCCAAGUAUUAUGACCAGUGUCCAGUUUUUUUUUGGUUCCAUACAUCAUUUUUACAAAAUAAAAGGCUUUACCUUCCACGGAACAAACUGGAUAAUCCACAUAAAAAAAAAAAAAAAAAAAAAACAUGGAACAUCUACCUUGAGGAGUUUGCAGUUGAGCUGUAUUUUGAAGAAGUGGGAUAGUAGGAUCCUGUUCCCCACAAUCCCUGCCACACAUUUAGGUCUCCUAACCCUCCUUCCUUGCAUGUAUACUUACAGUACAUUUACAUAUGCAUUUUUGACACCUUAAGUAUAUGCAUUAUAAAAGGUUAGUGGUCCUUUUCUUUCCUGAAGGAGGUAUGCCAGAGUUGAGAGAACUACUGUUCCUGGGGACUGCGUGCCACAGUUAAGAGUUUAAAAGAACUUUCAUAUCAAAAUAACAUUUAAAAUGAUUCCUCACAAUAUUGCGUGAGGUUUAUUAUGUAUUUUUGGGUAAGUAGUCCCUGCUUUCACAUGUGUAAUGUCAGAUUAAAGAGGUCAUUUCUAAGCUAUUUAACAAACCUCCGACUGGCACCAGUACGAGGUUUGAGCCCAUAGGACCGUUCCUAUAAACAGUCCCUGCUGAGCUUGUGAUACAAGCUUCAAUUACACAGGCAGUCCUUGGAGGACAAGAGAAUCUGGGUAAACAUAAGCAGACAUUACAGCAGAUUCUUUCUCUUUGUAACAUCACCGUGAAGUCAAAGGAAAUGUCUGCCUAGAGAAAUCUAGAUGAUUUUAAAGUACAGCCCCUGACACAGAUUCUGCUUCCAGCCAACUUCAUUUAAAUGUAGGGAACUCUGUGAAGAUCAUCCUUUAACUAUAAACACUGGUUAGUCCAGUGUCCACAGGGAAUCCUAUUCUCUUCGUUGCUGGAUGCUGUUUUAUUCGAAGUCUCGUUAUUUAUAUGUUUUAUUUAUAUGUCAUUAUUUAUAUGUUAAUAUGUUCCUUAUUUAUGAACAUGCCUGGAUGCAGAUGCUGUCUUUCCCUCCAAAUAGCCCUCAAAGGGUCUCAGCUACCAGUGCAAUAGCCCAUCUAAAGGCUUUUUAGGAAAAGCUUUGACUAUAUUACUUGCUAUAAUUUGUGUACAAUAACACAUGUUGCUGCUAAACAGUUUGUACUGUUCCCUUGAACAUGCAUGCAAUCAUAAGCCAGAGGGGCAGACCACGUGGCAGGGGGUAGGGGGUAGAUACUUAGCUGGCACUAAGGAAGAAAACCCCAAUUUUCAAGACUUGCUUUCUGAAAGAAGAUUACAGUUAGGGUUUCUCUUCCCUAACCCUCCAAGAUGCAUCCAAAUUCCUGGCCACUGAGUUGCUACACUCUUGUGCUUUUGCUCACAUAAAGAGAAUUUACAGGCUUGCCUCCUUACAAACUGACAUAAAUACUUCCUUGAACAACUCGAGAUUCUUACAUCAUGGUACAUCAGAAUGAUACUCUUUUUUUUCGAAUAGAUAGGACUACCCUGGAAUACAAUUAUCCAAAACAUAAUAGGAAAUUCAGCUAUUUUUAAAAAAUAGAACAGUUUCCUGCUACAUCAACCCCUUCCACACAACCAGGCAGAAGAAGAAUGCUGCUGCUGGGCCAACUUGCACAGCUGCAGUAUACAGAAAGAGCAGCUGCUCACUGCCCCGACCCUCUGGCUUCUGGCGCGUGGGCUAGAGUUAGCACAGAGCCUCUGCAGAGAACAAAAAGCUUCAGGUAACCAGAGGUUUCACUCAAGGGGGACACUGUGCCAACAAGGACAGACACACACGGGACAGAUGUUAGCAGAGUCAGCUUGCUUAAGAACACUGGUUUCUGAGAGAGCCCUUGCUGGUCUUGGAGCAGCACGGUAUGAUGAGGCUUGCCUAAGUGGGGACAAGAAGGGACCCUCUUCCACCAGGUGACCUGGAGUUUGUGGUGGUGGUUAGUGCAUUCGUAUGGCAUAGCUAAAUAAAAUUACUUGGUUUGUUUCA